GCCCAAGAGGAAGCUCGACAACUUGAAGGACGACUUGGUGGUUUUUCUCCAGGCGCACGUGAGCAGCCCGGGGACCAACGAGAUUCUGCAGUUCAUGGAUUUGCGCGGUUGGAAGGCGGUCGUGACUCCAGCGGAGCUGGGCAAGCGUAGCGAGCUUGCAGGUUUCAAGGACCUCGCAGUGCUGAGCUGGAGGUGGACAGGGCAGACGGCGACGGUCAUCGGCACGUACCUCGCAUCGUCAAUCGGCAUGCCGGGCGUGAACAUGAGGAAGAUGGCGAGGAUCGCAUCGCUGAUGCGGGGCAUCUUCGACGCGGGGAUGCGCGCGCCAGAAGACGUCGCGCACGCGCGCGCGCGGAACCCAGAGAGGAUGCCCGACCACGCGGUGUCAUCGAAGUCCUUCCUGGCAUUUCCCAGCCGCGCAAGCGAGGACCAGGUGGGCCCUGGAGACCGCCGCGGAGCGCGAGAGCAUAUACGAGGCGACGCGGCGGCAACAGCACCGAAGGCCCCACGCUCGCCGAAGGCCACCCUCUUGCCGAACGCGCGCAAGCGGAGGGCCGACCCCGACAGCCAGUGGUCGCGGAAGAAGAUGGAGCAGGCAUGCUGGGCCGCGAGGGAAGCAGAGCUGGCCAGCGAGCCAAUGGAGCACCCCUCCAUCCAAAGACCAAAGGCGGGCGAGCUCGAGAUCAGUUGCCAGGAGGUGCCCGGGAUUUGCUGGAAGAGCGCCAACGCGGAGGACAGCUUCGGCGACUUCGAGACGAGCGACGAGGGGGGGGAGCAGGGCGCCAUCGAGGGAGCCGAGGCGCAGGAGGCGAAGGCCCAGGAUAAGGAUACCGACGCGAUCGUCGACUUGAACAAGGGCGAGAGGGACGCGCAUUGGCAGGUCAAGUUCGAGACGGCGGCAGAGCAGGACCGACAGGCGCGGCGCCCGCCACCGCAAUGCGCGAAGGACACGGCGGCGCACCAGUUCGACGGCGCCGCGCCCAGGGGGCUCGGCAGCAGGCACGGCAGCUGGGCGCGCGCGGCAGAGCAGUUCCACGUCGCGGCGUCGCCGUUCGAGCCGAAGGACCGCUGGCGCAAGUGCGGGCGCGAGCAACAGUUGAGCUUCGACCUCAGCGCCGUCGAGCUCGGGAUCGGGGUCGGGGCCGACUGGGGCCAAUCCAUCGGGCGCACGGGGGACAGGGGGGCGCUGAUCGGCAACGCAAGCUGGGCGCAGGAGCCGGAUGCGAUCGGCGCAGGGAAGCUGCAUCAGAAGACCAGGGCCCAGCCAGGGCUCGACAACGAGAUCCGUGCCAACGGCAAGGAAACGCACAACAUGGCGAAGCACAUGGACGCGAAGGGGGCGCAGUGGAAGACGAAGUGGACGAGCUUGACACCGAGAGCGCAGUUGUUCCGCGCGCUCGACCUCACGAGGGAGGCGGCCAUAGGGGAGGACUGGGCGCCCAUCACCACGGAGGCGCUGGACCGCGCCAUCGGCGCGAUGGCGAAGAGCAAGGUGGUGAAGCUCUGGCCCAAGGUGCGCAGCGAGUGCGCUAGCGAGCGGGCGAAGGCGAUGGCAGGCAAGCGGGGCGCGGCCAUAACAGGCAAACGCGCGCUAGAGGAGGCCCUGGUUCGGCUCAUCGCCGACGAGGUCAUCCAGCGGGCGCCACGGAAAAUCUCCACGGCCACGGCGCUCUGGGACUUGGCGGAGUUCGACGACACCUUGGAGCCAGCGCUGAUCUUGGACGAAGGGAUCAGGCCCGGGCUACCAGCACGCACUUCGCACCUGGAGGUCCUCGCCGACCUGAGCAGCAGGCUCGCCAGGGAGAGGACAGAGCACGCGGAGCCCAUAGCUCCCGAGAGGCCCAUCCGCGCGAGCGCCAGGAGGUGCGCGCGAGCGGUGCUCGAGAAGGCGAGCUGCACGUUCACGCAGGCGCACGCGCGCUCGCGGGUCGACGACGUCACCGCGAGGACUGAAGGGUCGAACGCCCAAGUGAUCAAGCAGCUGACGGGGGCUGGAGUGGACUUCGCAACAAGUGUCAAGAAAGCGAAGCUGGUGGCGCUGGAGAUGGCGCGCAAACUGAGGAACCGCAACAGCACGGUCACGCCGAAGGACCAUGCGCCCGACCCCGUCAUCGGCAGGGGCAACACCGCGAAGGGCAAGAGCAAGCACGCGAGGACGACGGCGCUCGCGGACGGGCCAGUGGAGAAGGCCACGAGGAUGCUCCAAGCUGGGCGAAGGACUCCAGGCGGAGCGCGCGCAGCGGUGCACGGGGGCUCGCUGCCGAGGGCGGCGCACGCGCGCAAAGUAUUCGGCAUUGCGCCCUCGGCGAUCACAAAUUGGAGGCGGGGGCUAGCAGGCGCGAUCGCGCCUCGGCCGAGCGGAAGGUGCCGCGCCGCUCUGGCGCAGCUGGAGCUGGGGCGAG